AUGCCUGGCUCCUCUGCUAGCUUCUCUCUGUCCGGGAGGACCUCUCUCUACUCCUCUUCUUCUCUCCCCCCUCGCCCUUCUGUUCCUCCUCCUCCUCCUCCUCCUCCUUCUCCUCCUCCUGCUAAGGGUAAGUCUAAGUCUAAGUCUCGCUCUGCUCCCAAGCGCCCUAAACCUUACUCUGCUCCUGCUGUUCCGCGCUUGGUCCCUGUGUCUUGGCUCCGCACUGUUCACCCUGGCAGGAUCCUCUCUCGUCCUCCUCCCUCUGCUUAUUCUACUCCUUCUCAGCGCUCCUCUCGCUCUCCUCCUUGUCCUCCUCCUCGCUCUGCUCCUCCUAUGCCCUCCUCUGCCCCUCCUCCUCCCGGGCGUCUUCAUCUCACCUCUCUGACUGACUCUUGGUUCGCUCCUCUUCCAUGUGUCCGGAAAGUUCCCAGACGCACUCCUCCUGCUAAACCUGCUAAAUCUAACUCUGUCCCUAUUGCCCCGCAGUCUGAGCCCACCCCUGCCAUCCCUGGACCCUCCUCCGCCCGGGCAGAGUCUGAGAAGGUGCAGAAGCACAAGCGCAAAAGGUCACGUGAGCCGGACGCCAAACAUCCACCCAAAAAGUCUUGUUAA